UUCAACAUGGCAGGCAGUAAGUUGGUGCUGGAAGGGAGGAUAAGUAUUACAAGCUUUCUUUUAGGUCUUGUUGUAAUAAUAAUACCCCUGUUGGUAAAGUUUGGUUCGCAUAUUGAUUGGAUAUUCGAUUACCUCACGGGUGUUAACGGGAAAAUAGCAAUUGCGCUUUAUAUCACAGUUAUCAACGGGUUCCUGCUAAUCAUUUACAGGGGACCUCUUUACAAGGUCGCUGUGCGAGCUUGCUUUCUAGGCUUUGUCUUCGGAUGUGGCUUGAUCAUAAGUUUUGCAGACACCACAUGGAGACACUUUGGCUGGUACUGGUGUUCACUAAGUUUCUUCCACUACACUGAGUACCUGGUCACAGCCAUUAUCAACCCUCGCAGUCUGUCUCUAGACUCCUUCCUGCUCAACCACAGCGUUGAAUACACCGUUGCAGCAAUCUCUUCCUGGAUGGAGUUUAUUGUGGAAAAGCUGCUUAUUCCAGAUCUGAAGCAACUGAAUUGGAUCUGUUUUAUGGGAUUGAUAAUGGUGUUGUGUGGAGAAGGUCUGCGCAAGUUUGCCAUGCUGACAGCAGGCUCUAACUUCAACCACAUAGUGCAGAACGAGAAGGCUCAGAGCCACGUGCUGGUAACCAACGGGGUCUAUUCAUUUUUCAGACACCCCGCAUAUGUGGGCUGGUUCUACUGGAGCAUCGGUACUCAGAUAAUGCUGUGCAACCCGUUAUGCCUCUUGGCUUAUACACUGGCUAGCUGGCGGUUCUUCAAAGAGCGUGUCGAGGAGGAGGAGAUCUCUCUGAUCCAUUUCUUCGGAGAGGAUUACAUCGAGUACAAAAAGAAAGUCCCUACAGGUUUGCCCUUUAUCUCAGGCAUCAGGGUAAACUCAUAAGACUGGGACAAAGAGAGAAAUGCUGAAACGUCUAGUGCACUCCUGGACUCUUCCUGGACUGGCACUGUGAGUGAACUGGGCACCUGGUGACCUUCUGGCUCACGUUAACGCCAAGGAAAUUGAGGGGACAACAUACAGAGAGACUGGCCUGAUGAUCUGCUCUGAGACACAAAGGCUCACUCUGAGCAGUGUGGAGCCUCUACCUCGACGCAAUUCAGACCGAAAACACACGGCUGUAAAGUCUCUCAGCACUCCCCUGCAUUAUCACAGUUCACUUUGUCUGUUCUCUCAUACUUCAUAUACCUAUUCAUCUGUUUUCCAUCUCUAUUUCAUCAUAUAGAUCUGUUUGACAUUUAUCAAUUUCUCUCAUCAUUUUUUU